AUGCCUACCCGACGCAAUUCCGCAAGAAUUCUCCCAGAAACUAAUAAACCAGAGAAAGUUCCAGUUUAUGUUCCCAACAUCCCAGAGCCAACCACGAGAGCUGAGCUCAUGAAGUACUGGAUGAACCUGUCACUGGAUGAGAAGACUGCCAAUAGGAUGUUGUGGAUUUCUGACGGUGGGUCCAAAGUGUGCCGUCGAACUGAGGAGGUUUGCCCUGUCCUCGACAGACCGGAGAGAUAUGAGUACUCACCACAGGUGGUGAGUAAAGAGGGAAUUUGGAACAUGAGGGGUUACUGGGAAGUGGAGUACUCCGGUUGGGUAGUGGUUGGAGCCACCUACGAAGCAGCGGGAAGGAGGGCCAAUUCUGGACCAAGCGGCCUGGGGGAAAACGAGGAGUCCUGGGGUUUGUGUUGGGCCGGGACUCGCUACCAAGUCUGGUUCAACGCGCUACACAAAGACAUCAACGACAUCCCACAUUGCUCCACCAUUGGGGUUUACCUCGACCAGCCUGCAGGGAUCAUAUGUUUUUAUGCUGUAAAUGGUGAGGGGGCUCAGAGGGAGGUUACACUGCUGCAUAGGAUUAACACUCCAAUCGAGAAGAAGGUCCUUCCAGGCUUCUGGAUUGGAAUUCAGUCCUCAUGCUCAAUAUUAAAGAAAGCAGAAUGA